AAGAUUAGAUAAAGGGGCAUUCAGAACAGAAAAUAGGAGGCACUUGAAGCUGCUAGAUGAGAUUCUGGGAUCAAUAAGCUGCAAACAACCAAACAAGCAAGAUGGGCCGAAAUGGCCUCCUGUCAUUUGUAAACUUGAUGUUCUAAUACAGUCAUGUUCGUUAUGGUAACUGCUUUAUUGGGUUUUAAACUGUUUAGUAAAACAUGACCUAAAGUGAGUUUUUUUAAACAUUGAUAAACGUUCAUAAUAAAAUAGAUGUAAUAGUCUUUGCGAUGUGUUUAAAACACCCAACAGCAUUUAGUAGUAAUAAAAUUGAGAUUAAUUUGGUAUAAUAGUGUAAAAAGCGCUUGGUAAAGUACUUGGUUUUUAUUGAUGUCUACGUUUAUCUACACAAGGCACAAUCAUUUUGCUGCAAUGUUUUAAGUUUACCGUUUCAAUUUAAAAUGAAAAGUUAAACUGAUGACCAGGGAUCCUAGUUUUCUGCAAUAAAAAAAUGAAAUUUUGCAGUUGUAAGACGCUGAAAUGAUCCAAACACAGUGGUCUGUUUCAGUGUUUCGAUGGCCCUGCUCUUUCAGCCUCAUCUUGUUUAAGUUUCCUUGCAUUAAAUGUAUGUUUAGCGCUUCCCAUGUGUUCUACAAGGUCUGCCUGCGAGUUUAACACUAACAGCUGUGACAGAAAGACAAUGAGUUCUGGUGAUAAAUCUUCCUCCCGACCUGUGAGGGCGCUAAAGAACGGGAGGAGAAGUAUCUGGAAGGGCUGGCCUGACAGUUCGUUUCCGGGACCGGGAAGUGGGUCAGCCUGGAAGGAAGCGAGACUCUGUUGUAAGACCGUAUUGAUUUGACAGGUAAACGAGGGGCAGCUGCAAGUAAUAAGGCAGCUGCAACCGUUUACCUAGAUAUCAUGCGGGAUUACAUAUAGGGGCCAGGGUAACGCUGUUCUUUUCCUUCGUUUGGGUUAAGCCAAGGACCGAGAAGGACGAGACAGUAAAGUACUGUGAUACUGUGUAAAGAGUUGCGUGUGUGUGUGUUUGUGUUGUUUAAAUCACUGUAAAAAAAUAACUGUCUGUGUUUUUACAACCACCAGACAGCUAAAGCACAUCCGGAGCUGUCGCCUUGGGCCAGCACAAGCCGGAUCACCACUUCACGAACUGUCACCAAAUAAAAAGUAUAUUCACUCACCACCAGCACGACUGCACGCACCCGAGACGGGUGAACGUGUUUUUGUUUUCUUUAUUUCAGGACUGUAACCUGUCUUUUUCAUCCCCGCGCUCUACACAUCGUUGUGUAUUGCCGGGGUUUAUUAUUUACGGUCGCUAGACCAGGAAACCAAAUAAAUAUAAACAUUUGUCACUGGAUUACCGUUGUCUGCCUGUCACUCCUGCACCGCAUCACCGCUACACCUGUUCCCCUUACUAACCACUUUGCCACACGUGGUGUCAGAGCACGGGACUAUGGACCGCAACGCACUGAUGGAGCUGCUGCAGGCGCUGGAGAGCAGACGCGACGCAGAGGAGAGACCAGCCAGUUGGGACCCUGCCUGAUUGGGGAGGCUCAGGCAGCCUACCAAGCCAUGAGUGACCAUCACGCCACCGAUUAUGACCUGGUCAAGCAGGCUAUCCUCCGCCGCCUGAACAUCACUACGGAGACCCACCGGGCGCGGUUUAGGGAGUACCAGAGAGCCCCGGGGACACGCCCCAGGGUGGUUGCAGAGUGGUUGUGCAACCACAUGGUGCAUUGGCUGACCCCCGGGAAGAAGACCGCCCAGCAGAUGGGGGAAGCCAUUGUGGUAGAGCAGUUUUGCCAUGUGGUUGGCGCCGAGACCCAGGCGUGGAUACGGCGCCACAACCCCGACACCCUGGAGGAGGCGGUCAAAUUGGCGGAAGAUUUUGAGGACUCCCUGACUUCUGCCCGGAUCGGGAUCCUGUCGGCCCCUGCCCUUCGGAGCAGCCGACCUCUCCCUCCCUCUCCUCCAACACCACCACCACCACCCCCCGCGUUCCAGGGACCCAGACCUCCUAGAGCACCGACCCCAUUGGGCCCCCUUGCCUUCCCCCCAUGGAGACCAAGGUUGACCCCCAGCGGGGGUAGAGGUGCUGCCCCUGCCCCGUUGCCAUACCAGCAGCGGGACAGAUUUCUAACCUAUGCCCCCUCUGUCACUCCUAUCUGUUUUAGGUGCCACCAGCCGGGACAUCUGGCCAGGUCAUGCCCCGCUGCCAUGGAGUGUGACGUGCCGCGUGCAAUUGGGCACCUGAAACUGACAGCUAAAGCACAUCCGGAACUGUCGCCUUGGGCCAGCACAAGCCGGAUCACCACUUCACGAACUGUCACCGAAUAAAAAGUGUAUUCACUCACCACCAGCACGACUGCACGCACCCGAGACGGGUGAACGUGUUUUUGUUUUCUUUAUUUCAGGACUGUAACCUGUCUUUUUCAUCCCCGCGCUCUACACAUCGUUGUGUAUUGCCGGGGUUUAUUAUUUACGGUCGCUAGACCAGGAAACCAAAUAAAUAAAAACAUUUGUCACUGGAUUACCGUUGUCUGCCUGUCACUCCUGCACCGCAUCACCGCUACACCUGUUCCCCUUACUAACCAGUUUGCCACACAACACAUUACCAUCAACGUGCAAUUUGUCCUUGCCAAACUCAAUGACCUGAUCUUUCAGGGUGAUUUUUAUUGUUUUCAGCAUCUUUGAACAGCUCCGAAUACUGAAGUAAACUGA